AUGGCGACGCAUUCUCUUCGUCCAGAAAUGGUGGUGAAGAUGUUGAAGGAGAAUGGGUUUACAAAGGUGAAGCUUUUUGAACCUAACGAGAAGAUUUUGCAGGCAUUAAUUGGAUCUGAAAUUGAAGUAAUGCUAGCCCUUCCCAAUUAUAUGUUGCAGCAAGUUAGUUUGGAUCAUCAUUUCGCUUCUGCUUGGGUUAAAGCCAAUGUCACCCGUUUUUGCUAUUCCGGCGGUGUCAAUAUCAAAUAUGUUGCUGUAGGAAACGAGCCAUUUCUAAAGACCUACAAUGGAACUUACCAAUUGCUCACACUUCCAGCCCUGAAGAACAUUCAAGAAGCUCUCAAUCACGCUGGCCUGUCUUCAAAGGUAAAGGCAACUGUCCCUUUCAAUGCCGACGUCUACUUCUCCCCUGAAUCAAACCAAGUUCCAUCAGCAGGCGAUUUCCGGCUAGAUACAAAGGACCUCACAGUUCAAAUCAUACAAUAUCUAUACUCAAACAACGCCCCAUUCACAAUCAACAUAUACCCAUUUCUCAGUCUCUACGGAAAUUCAUACUUCCCAUUAGAUUACGCCUUCUUCGACGUAGCCUCAAACAUACCCAUGAGAGACGGGGAUAAGCUCUACACAAACGUGUUCGACGCCAACUUCGAUACAUUAGUUUGGUCGUUAACGAAAGCAGGCUAUCCCGAUAUGAAAAUCAUAGUGGGUGAAGUCGGAUGGCCGACAGACGGAGAUAAGAACGCGAAUACAGAAAACGCAAAGAGAUUCAAUCAAGGGUUUGUUCGUCACGCACUUAGCGGAAACGGAACUCCAGCGAGAAAAGGCGUGAUCGAUUUCUAUCUAUUUAGUUUAAUAGAUGAAAACGCAAAGAGUAUCGCUCCUGGUUGCUUCGAGAGACAUUGGGGGAUUUUCGAAUUCGAUGGAAAAGCAAAGUACGAAUCUUUACUCGAUCAGAAACCUUUGGUGUCUGUUCGAGACGUGGGUUAUUUGGGUCGAAGAUGGUGCGUAUUGAAUCCGCGUGCGGUUCGUUUGUAUGAAGGGUUGUUGGCGGAAAGUGUUGAUUAUGCUUGUAGUAUGUCUGAUUGUACGAGUUUAGGUUAUGGAUCUUCUUGCAAUAAUCUUACUGCGCAGGGGAAUGCUUCGUAUGCUUUUAAUAUGUAUUAUCAGAUGAAUGAUCAGAAUAUUUGGAACUGUGAUUUCUCUGGAUUGGGUGUCGUUACUCAUCAUGAUCCUUCUGUUAAUACUUGUAGGUUUCCGGUCAUGAUUAAGCCGCCGCGGGACGGCGGUAUGCCGAUGGUGGUGGUGCAUAAGACUCUGCUUGGUGUUCUUGUUCUUAUUGUUGAGCUCUCUUUAGUCUUUUUGCUUCUUGUGUCUUAA